CCGCCAUGUCUCCUUCAGUCACAGACAAAAAACAAUCUGCUUCUGCCAGAGUGCUUGGAUCUGCCUCCGCAGGUAUUUGUGAGAUAGCUGUCUUCCACCCGGUUGAUACGAUUUCCAAGAGACUAAUGAGUAAUCAAACCCGAGUCAACAGCUUGGAAAUCUUCAACAAGGUCAUUUUCAGGGAAAAUGCCUCCAAGCCAAUUGGCCAGAGAUUGUUUAGUUUAUUCCCAGGCCUUGGUUAUGCUGCUUGCUACAAGAUCUUGCAAAGAGUGUACAAGUAUGGCGGUCAGCCUUUUGCAAACGAGUUUCUGACUACCAACUUUAAAAAGACGUACGAGGACGCUUUUGGAGCCAAGACCGGUAAAGCACUGCUGUCUGCCACUGCUGGAUCUCUUAUUGGUAUUGGUGAAAUUAUUCUACUGCCUCUCGAUGUGCUGAAGAUCAAGAGACAGACAAACCCUGAAGCUUUUAAGGGUAGAGGUUUCUUCAAGAUCUUGCAAGAUGAAGGACUUGGUUUGUACAAAGGAUGGGGAUGGACUGCUGCUAGAAACGCCCCUGGCUCGUUUGCUUUGUUUGGUGGAUCAGCAUUUGCCAAGGAAUACAUUUUCCACCUGAAGGACUACUCUUCUGCUACGUGGGGCCAAAACUUCGUUGCCUCGAUCUUCGGUGCCUCUGCAUCUCUGAUUGUUUCCGCUCCCUUAGACGUGAUUAAGACCAGAAUCCAGAACAAGAAUUUUGAGGCCAACGAGUCUGGUUUCACCAUUUUGAAGAACAUGGCAAAGAACGAAGGAGUCACUGCUUUCUUCAAGGGAUUGACUCCGAAACUGCUCACCACCGGUCCUAAGCUUGUUUUCUCGUUUGCGUUGGCCCAGACUUUGAUUCCAGCCUUCGAUAAAUUACUUAAUUAACCUGCCUGUAUAUACAAUUAAUUAGAGAGUAUUCGCCAAUUGCAGGAUUAAUGGGUGACAAUUAGCAGGCAGACGUGGUAAGUCAACCCGUAUCCCAGCUUUAGCCAGCACCCGUAUGUCUAUAAGAGUGCAAUAGACGAAGUUAAACUUCUUUGGCUCCGUCAAAGGACCAAAACACCCGUCCUCGUCGACUAACUCAGAAAUCGACUUGAGAUUAGCUUCCACCUUGUUGCGCCAUAAUUCCAGGCUGGGUUUCUCAUCCAAAGCGAGCUCCUGGAACUGAAGACUGCGCCGAAUGGGGUUUUUGUAGAAAUUGUCCUUUUCUGGAGCGAAAAGUAGCAAGUCUGUGUCGAAUAGUUCACAGAAGUCACAUCGAGUAGCCAGAUGGAACAUAUCAUCGAAUGCAACAUAUUCUUGCUUCAUACUGAUAAAAUAAUCCACCAAUCUUCUUUCCACUUCAAUGGGGACCAUCGCAUAUUUCAGUCCGAGAUAAUCUGACAAAUGGUGUGCGCAAAGAGAACGGAGUUCAUCGUCGUCGUCAGAAAGAAAAUCAAAUAAUUUCAGUCUUACCUGAACACCGUAACCAUCGUCUCCGGUAUGAACAGAAUUGAACCCAAUGAGUGCAUUCAAAGAUGCUUUUCUAGCUGGAAACUCAUUGCUAUCAGCACUCAGGCGUUUGACUGUCUUGAACCAGCCAUCGAACUCCAAUGGGUCCAGUUGCUUUCCAACCAAAGGUCCCAAUGCUUCAAUCAAGCUCAUCUCGAUAUCACUGUUUGUGUGCAAGGUAAGCAGAGAGAAAAGACUGUGUACCAUCUCAGGGUCAUCAAAUUCUGUCGUUUCUAAAAGGUUUUUCAGACAUUUCAAGGCCAUCGAUUUAACGUAGUCCCAAUUUUCACGCUG